AUUGACCAAAGGGAGAAUGAAGGCACGCCAGAGAAAGUUGCACCAAAUAGCUCGGUUACUAGAACUUCCUGGGCAUCUCCAGCCCUGCCCGUCACCUCCAGCACAUGCGCUGCAUACUAUGCGCCAAGAAGCACACAGACGAGGUGUAAGCCGUGCUAGUGGUGGGGAAGGACGCAGUCGCAGUCAAUCUCACCGCCCACUAUUCAAUGUUUCAAGAGUUCCCGGAUUUGCACUGAAGCGUGAAGGUGGGGCUGGACUCCAACCAAGUCCAGAUGCUCAAGACCAGGUAGCAGUUUGUUCAGGUAGAUCGGAAUCGCAAAGUCCAAGUCGUCUUGGAAGGCAGAAAAGCAGACAUCCACAGGGAACACGGGAAGGCAUCUCUCGUUCCACCUCCCGACCUCGUCCACGAAGUGAAGAAAUUCCAAUGGAAGAUAUGAUGACAACUGGAGUACCCCAGGCCUCCCCCUCACUGCCCAAGGUGAAUAUAGAGAGGACUAGCUCUCCUCAAGACAGUAAUGGCAGCAGUAGCAGCAGCUCCAGUAGUACAGGAGAGAUGAUGGCGGAUAUGGGCAUUACAGGGAAUUUAGAGUUACCAACAAGGGCCAACAGUGUGACUCCUGGAGAGGACGAAGGGGUCUGGCCUUAUGUGUCAUUAGUUGGGAAUGUCGCACUCUCCCCUGGUCCCACUCGCAUCCUUCCGCCCCUGAGUCAAGUGCCGCCGCCUCUGCUUGUACCCGCUGCUCUUGACACGAGAGUCUUCCCUAAGGAGAGUGAUAACCAAAGUCAUGUUGCUCCCCCUUCACAGUUGGCACAGCCUCCAACACCAGAUGAGACUGAAACUUCCUUUACUGCCAAACCCCCUCUUGCUAGAACAACUGGAACAUAUGAUGUGUUUGAGCCACAUGUGAAUGGGAGUGUGGAGGAAGGUGAUUGUGAAAGGAGGGAUGGUGCUAGGAACAGUGUGGGCUCAUCAGAUUUUAGCCCUAUACGCAGGGUUCGUGUCAAGGGCAAUGUAGAGACUGUUUAAGGGGCAAAAAGUAAAUUUGUAAAAAAUCUCAUAAUGUCCUUAACUUCACAUCUUAAAAAAAAAAUUAUUUAUGAAAUGCCACUUAAAAUAAACUUGAUAGAUGGAGUUUACUUUAACAAUUUGUUUACAGAUCAAUCCAUGCCUGUGAAUGAUCCUGAUUGUAGUUGAUAAUUUCUCAUUUUAUAGAAAGCAGAACUUGGAAUGAGUAUAACAAGAGGAAAGUUUCAGAUAUAUAAAUUUAAAUUUUAUGUAACAUCACAAAGUAAGGCCACUUUAGUUGUACAAUUAAAGAAUUAAGAAAAGGUGCCCAAAGUUCCCAUCAGUUUUUGUCAAGAUAAAGGAAGGGGGCAAAUAAUGAGGGAAAUGGAUAACUUGUUGACAGUCAUUAAUCCUCAAGUAUGAUUAAACCAUGGAGAAGACUUCGUAAUUUAUGAGCAGUUUUGUGUAUAUCAGUAGUGAUGCAAGUACAAGAUAUUUCAGUGAUCCAGAUAUAUUUUUUAAUUUUCAGUUGUAAAGUAGCCUGGGUGUUAACAUAUCACUAACCAUAGGCCAGUUUCUAAAUUGUUUUGAUUGAUUCUGAAUUGCCUUUGUUUCACAGAUGCAGAGAAAGUAAAAUGCAAGGAAAUUAAAAACUUUUUCAACAGAAAACAUGUAGCAAAGGCAGAUAAAUGGUACUUAAAGAAUUGGAAAUUACCGAUGAUGAAGUACUAAUCAGAGUAAACCCCUGUUGGUGAUGGUGUUUCUUGUGGGAGCUAUAUUGUGUAAGCAUUGGCUAUCAGUUCAAAUUUAGGAUGAGUAAAUUAUGAAAGAAGACUCCCUUUAGUAGACUACAAUUACACUGGAUGUUACCCUUGUAACUGUGGAAUUAUAGAAUGCAACAAAUUAGCUAGCAAUAAUAUGGAAUUAGUGAAGGGAGGAAGACUGUUGUACUCAUAAACUGAAAUUGAGGAUAUUGAAUUGUAAAGCAAAUCACAUUAUUUUCAUUCAUUUUUUUGAAUGUCGAACCAAAGUCUUGUGAUGCAGUGGCAAUUGGUACAAUACAAGUAGAUACCAUCCAGCUGUAAAGGAGGAAAGUGGCUUUUCAGGACUACAAAAGGUAUAAAGCCACUGUACUGCCAUGAUUUUAUGCGUAUGAUUUUUAACUAUUUAUUUCCUGCCAUUCUCAAGUGGUUGACUACUUAUGGGAGUAAAAUUAAGUACAAUAUUAUUUUAUAUACAAAUAUAAAUAUAACUGAAAUAUUUAUCUAUUGUCAUUUAGUGCCCUAUUAUUUAUUAUUAUGAAAAUUGUUGCUUAUAGAAAAUAUAUAUAGAAGUGCUGUUUGUUGUUUGAAAUUGAUAUUUUGAUCAUCAGAUUCAUAUGAGGAGUAAAUAUAUUAUGAUCAGUUUCUGUUUAUUGUUCAUGUUAAUACUUAUUAAAUAGGAGCCAUUGAGAUAUAUAUAAAAUCCGGAUGAUCAUUCAGUGAAUGGAAGCUAAGCAACCCUUUGACUGCAGAAGUACAGAAGCAGUAAAAUUUGGAAAACCACUUUGGCUGCCAGCGAGGAAAAGGAAUAAAUUGCAUGACAAACAGAGUACAUUAAAGUAUAUGCAUGCGAUUAUAGUGAACAUUUAUUUCUAACCAGUUUUACUCUCCCUGACUCCUGCAGUAGAGAAAGGGUAUGUACUUGUGGUUAAAAAUUACACACAAAAUAAAAAUUCUUCUCCAUAAUGGAAGAAGUAGGGAAUGUUUUUAUCCAUAUUUUGUAUGAUUUUAGAAGUGGUUUAUAAGUAUUCAAUGUGAAAAAGUGGAAUUGAUAAGAAGAAAGGAAACAUUUUAUUGUAAUGUACUUUUUCAUAGUGAUUCACUACAUUUAUUUGCAGAAACAAAAUUUAUCAACAUUUAUGGUGCGGGUCAGGCUUGUUGAACUUUUUGAGUGAUUUGUGUGAAUUUGUUUUUCUUGGAUUUUGUUGACAUAUGAGGUAUCUGCUUUGAAAGUUCAUCUGUGCUUAUGAAUGGAAAUGUGUUUUAGCUCUCCCUUUGCCUGUUUUUCUUUGGUUAAAAGAGGAACAUUUCUAAAAUAUUUUUCUGUUGAAAGGAGAUGAAAAUUUGUGGCAUUCAAGUGUGCCAAAUAAAUUUUUGAACUAAUGGUUGCCAGAAUGAUUAAUGUUUUUUGUUUAUUAACAAGGAUAUAUGUGACCAUGCCUUAUGUAUAAGAAAAAUCAGUGUAUUUAAAUUCACAUUUCUGAUUACUUGACAAAGAUAAAGUGUAUGAAUGUAUACAGGAUCUGUAUUUUAUAUAUUGUACACAAAAAUGUGGCAUAAAGCUUAAUGUUAAUAUAUUGUAGAUAAACAAAUUCUAAUUCCA